AUGGAGAGUACAAACCGCCCUGCUGACCCAUUGGCGAAGGGUAUCCUGCCCUCCGCGAAGCAGGGUCUCAAGGAUCUGUUCGUCUGGGACCAGCGCAUCGUCGUGCGAAAUGACUAUGGAGAAGAGCACUGCGAGUGGAAGAGACCUGAGCCUUUGGCGAACCCCUUCACACUUCUUGGACAGUUGAGCUGGAAGGACUGGCUGUACUUCAUCGUCGGUUUCCUCGCCUGGACAGCCGAUGCUUUCGACUUCCAUGCCCUCUCGAUCCAGACUACCAAGCUUGCAGAUUGGUAUGACACUACAAACACGGCCAUCACAACUGCAAUCACCUUGACGCUACUUCUACGCUCUGUUGGUGCCGCCUUCUUUGGUGCUUUGGGAGACAAGUUUGGCCGGAAAUGGCCAAUGGUUGCCAACAUGAUCAUUCUUGGUCUCCUCCAAGUGGCCACCAUCUACUCUGGCACUUUCCAACAGUUCCUGGCUGUACGAAGUCUCUUUGGACUAUUCAUGGGUGGUGUGUAUGGAAACGCUAUCUCCAUGGCCCUUGAGAACUGCCCCACCAACGCCCGUGGUCUCAUGUCUGGAAUCCUCCAGCAAGGAUACUCUUUUGGCUACGUCCUUGCAGCCUGCGCCAACCUAGGCGUCGGCGGUGCCACAAACACCUGGAAGACCGUCUUCUGGGUCGGCGCCGGCUUCUCCAUCGCCGUUGGCCUCGCCCGCAUUUGUUUCCCGGAGUCCAAAAUCUUUAUCGAAGCCAAGAAGGCAGGCCAUAGGAAAGCCCCCGGUGCCUUCUGGAUCGAGACCAAGGCCAUGCUGAAGAAAGAGUGGAGGAUGUGCGUUUACUGUAUCAUUCUGAUGACCUGGUUCAACUACUACUCGCACACGAGCCAGGACAGCUACACGACCUUUAUGAAGGAGAGUAAGCACCUCAGCUCCGCUGGCGCAACACGUGCAUCGAUCUUGAUGAAGACGGGUGCAUGCGUUGGUGGUACGAUUCUGGGUUACACGUCGCAGUGGUUUGGACGCAGACGCACGAUUGUCUGCGCUGCCUUGAUCUCCGGCUGCCUCAUCCCAGCAUGGAUCCUUCCCACCACUGAACGCGGUCUCUCCGCCUCGGGCUUCAUGAUCCAAUUCUUCGUCCAGGGUGCCUGGGGUGUCAUUCCCAUCCAUCUCUCUGAGCUGUCACCACCUGCUUUCCGCUCCUCAUUUGUUGGUAUCACAUACCAGCUGGGCAACAUGAUUUCCUCGCCCUCCGCGCAAAUUGUCAACGCUGUGGCUGAAGCUACCUUGAUCACUACAUCCAAGGGUGAACUCUCCCCCGCAUAUGGUCCUGUCAUGGGUGUUGCGACUGCGAUUAUCGUCGUGGGCAUCGCAGUCACGACAGCGCUGGGUCCGGAGAAGAAGGCUCGUCAUUUUGAGGAGGAGGCGCCGAUUGGGGCUGCGACUGCGGUCAAGGAUAUUGAGACGGGGAGCAUUCAUAGCGAGAAGGAUGGCGCAAAGGCGAUUGAGGUUGCUGAGUCGCAUAAGAGUGAAAAGCUAUAG